AUGAGCCCGCAAUCGUUCAGCACAGCCCUCGCUCUGCUCCUCUUCCUCCUCUCUUUGGUUUCUCUUGGGCUAGCAGGACCACCCAGACACAAACAUGAAAUCCGAGACCUCCCCAGCGCCUUGACCAGCACCCAAACCGAGGACGAAACCACAUACUACAGUGAAGCUACCGAGACCUACAUCUCCCUACCACCACUUUGGCCACCACGACCAACACCACACAGCAGCAGCACGGAUUCACCAUCCACAUUCUCAACAUCAUCACCAGAAUACCCUUACGACACCGAAUCUGACACCACCACCACGUCAUGGAACUGGACCUUCACACCAAGUACCACCUGGAACUUCACCACACCUUGGAAUACGACCUGGACAGGCUACCCCGAGCCCACCACGGCCUCCAACAUCACCACACCUUUCACCCACUUCACCGGAUCACCAUUCACCAGUAACAGCCCGCCCUACUUCACCUGGUCCAGCUACUCUGACACCUGGGGCGACCACAACACAUACCCCACGCCCAGCAGCGCCAGUCCAGGCUGGACAUAUGAAGAUAUAACGACGACCAUCUCCGUCAUCAAAACCCUGACUUCCUUCACCACCACCGUUGUCAAGUCCAAGACCGUCAGGCCGUCCCCAAAACCGCCCAUAACAUCCAACACGUUCACAUUCAAGACCACACCCUUUGCAAACCUAACAACGUUUACUUCUCCCAAGUGGACGACCCUCCCUAUCGCUUCACUGACGGGUAACCCCUUCUGUUCGAACGCGGCGGACCCGGAUAAUGGGAUUGGGAAUCAUUGCGUUUGUGACAAUGGGGAGACGGUCGGGGUGAUUCCGUUCAGUAAGGGGGGCAAUGCGAGUGAUUAUCAGCCUUGUGCUUAUACCACUGUUGGGUAUUGA